AUGGUGGAGGUGUGAGAGUGGGAGAGCGAACCAUCUUGCUUGGCACCUUCUCACACCCUCAAUUGCUCUACUUAUUUGCAAUUUUUAGCUGCAGUGGGUGUUAGUGGGCGGUCGUGGAGGGUCACACAAUCUCUGGCUUUGCCGUGCCUCUGACCUGGGCCCGAUCUGAGGGUGUGAUGUAGUGUGUACUAAUAAUGGGCUGCUGGAACAGGUGGCCCAGGAUGCAGGCAACACUGUGGUCUUGUGUGUGGGGAGGGUUGGGGGCCCUUAUCCUAUCCAUCCUCUCCUUAGCAUUGGCUGAAGACUGUGUCAUUCCUAAGGUCUUCCCCCACUUUGCUACUAAUGAUAUGCAAGAAGUGGAAACUAACCUGUGCUACAAGUGUUAUCAUGCUCCAAAUAGCUUGAAGUUUCAAGUAAAGCUGAAUGAAGUCAAACUUGGGGGAAUAUCCUCGAUGAUGAUAUAUGUUGAUGGUGUUCGGCGUCACAUUACACAUGAUUGUGGAAUAUGUGAUAGUUUGGAUGUGAAAAGUGGUACUGUAAACAGCAUAAAAAGUGAAGGCAUGAGUGAUAAAGUUGUGUGCCAAGAAUGUGAAUCUGUAAAGACUGGUACUAUGUUUGAAAUAUAUCUACGGUAUAAUACGCAAAUUGGUCCUUCUUCAGAAGGUGAAAGCAUUUGCCAAAAUAUUGCUGAUUUUAAUAUCAGUUUAAUUAUGGAUGCCGAUAAGCCAGAAAUUGAAGCCCCUUCAGACUGUGAUGAAGGAUUUAUGGUUAGUUAUCCCCUAGGUGGGGAGACUUGUAUUAUCAACUCGACGUUUUUAGGUACGGAAACUCAUUGCCUUGUUCCAACUUGCUCAAAUGGAAUAAUCUCUUCAGAUGAAAUGAGUGAAAAAAUUGAGCAUAAAUUUCAGCCAUUUAUGCCAUCUGAGGCAUGUGUGUGGCAGCUUAACACUGAACAGCAUAAACAUGUGACUCUGAGAUUCUCAAAAAAUAUCAGGCCUCAUAUUACAAUUUUUGAAGAAUCUCUCAUGAACCCAAAAUGGGAUGUUGAAUGGUGCCCAACUUACGAUGAUCAUUUCAGUUUGGUGACGGAUGCUGAUACAGUUUUUAUUGUGUACCAUAGUUCUACCAAGCUCACCAAAAAGGGGUCAUUGUCUAUAAGCACCCAGACAGAUCUCUGCCUUCUUCCACCAUCACUUGAAAAUGGAAGUGUGGAAUUCAAGCGCCUUGAGUCUGGCACAGUUGCCCUUUAUAUGUGUGAUAAGGACUUUAGUCUUCUUGGUCCCAUAGAGCUUUAUUGUGAUAAUGGAGCUUGGGAUGAGCCACCCGUCUGCCUUCGUCUUAAUAAGGAUAAACUGAUGUCUGAUGCCCCCAUGGGAUCAAUUGAAAGUGUGGACAGUGUGAAUGUCAGUGUUUUGACCUCUGAAAAUGGCACUUUCCUUGCUCCUUCUGCCGACAGUGACCCACAGGGCAAGAUGCCCAUAUUAAUAUUUCCUGAUGAGAGUGUACCAGAGGAGAGUAGCAAGGACAACAACAAAGGUUCUGUGAAAGAACCUGUUGAUGUAGCAGAUGUACCUCUGAUUGAAGAAGAAUUUCACAUGAAUAAGCCAGUCACCAGUCUGGAAACAUAUGGUAAUGAUUCUACAGACUUAUUUUUAGUCAAUUCUACGGAUUCUUCCGGGAAAGAUUUGGUUGAUGGAGAUACUGAAGAAGGCGGAAUUUUUGCAGGAUUGUUUAAUUUUGAUCUCGAAGAUGACAUGACUCUUUACAUCAUCAUUGGUGCCAUAGGUCUUGCCGGUCUUGUAAUUGUCUCUAUUAUUUCUCUCGUUGUAUAUCGUAAAAGAUACCCAGUUAGGCUAGGGCUGGGACGCAAAUUUGAUACGUUCCAAAAUCCUAUUUAUGAGAAGACUGUCGUACGAAUGCCAAUGCACGCAGAAGAGAUGGAAGAAGAGAGAAAAAAGAGUGAUGCUGAAGAAAUGAGUGACUGUACUGUUUUAGAGUAAAAAGAAAAAACUUAUACUUUUAAAAUGAUACAAUUUUAUUAGGUGUUGACAAAUGGAUUUAUGAUAGGCUCAGCAAAGUAAGGUUUUUGCAGAAGAGAACUUCCAUGCAACAAUUUUUAUUAUCUUUGGGAAAUAUCAUUAUAAAACUUAAAAAUAUUUUAUGAUUGAUUUUAAGAGUAUGUAUAAGCUUUUAAUGAUCUCAAUCUGCAAAAUAAACCAAGUGACUGAUUCUGUAUUGUGGGUCCAAGUUAAGUGAGAUUUAAGAUGCAUAAAUUUUAGCUGAUAUCAAAAUAAUAAAUGUUCUAUAAAAAUGCAUGUAGCAUUUUAGUAUUUAUAGCAUGAUUACCAUGGAUCCCAUAUCUUAGCAGCAAAAUGGAAUGAAAACUAAUUAAAUGCCAUGGAAGGGACCAAUGAAUUGGUGAAUGAAUAGAAGCAGAAAUCUCGCUAAAUACUGUAUUUACUGUUCCUCAAAUAUAUAUAAAGUACACGUUCUUGAUAAAGGAACCCUGUAUAAUUUGCCAUGUCACAAAUUGUACACAAGCAUUACCUUUAGUUUUAAGAUAGUUUAUAUUUGUGCUGCUAGUUAGCACAUAUUGUAAAAGAACAACAAGAUUUAUUUGUAGGUUUUAAUGUAAUUGAGUACGUACUAGUGUAGCUCCAAGAACUAUUGUGCAUGUGGUGGUGUUGACGCCACCCUUCACAUACGCAGUUUUGGUUGCUGGAGUGUUGUUAUUUCUCAGUUUUCAUCUUCUUGAGAAAUAUUGAAAAACUGUAUGAUGGGAUUGAUUCUAUAUCCCUGAAGUACACAUGUGGGUUCAUUCCCAUCAUACGACUUCAAUAUUUUCUCAAUACAUCACAAUCUUAUGAUUUUAUCAUGCAUUCAAUGUUUGGGUUACAUACAUUUAUUUUUAUUUCAUUACAGUAUUAACAAAGCUUUCAUGUCAAAAAGUUUUUUUUAUUGUAUGUUAUCACACUUAGCAUGAGGUUUAUGCUUGAUUGUAUCUGCAUAUCAUUAUUUUAUCCUCUACAAUUUCUUUUUAAUGAUCCAAAACACUUAUUUACAGAUAUUUAUGGAAUCUAGAAGAGUAAUAUUGACGAGAAAUGGUAGUGUGUGUGUAUUGGCGAGGAGCGAUACUGUCUGCAUUGGCUAGUGGCAUGUCUAUUGAGGAGAAUGCUAUUAACUCACAUGAACUGUAUACAGUAUUCAAGUUUUCUAUCACAUAUUGGCUGGCUUAAUUAUUUAAUUCAGCUCGCAUGUUAAAAUGUAAUUGCAUUCACGUAUGUUGAUGAUUGUAUCAAAGUUUGCAAAGCUUUAGAUGUACUUGAUGUAGCUGAUGUAUGUACAGUAUUUGCUAAUAAGUAUUAGCAAAUAAUAACUGUGGUGAAUAAGUGUGAAACAAGCGUGAGUGAAUUACUAAGAAGUACGUGGAUAAAGAAUGAGGAAUUAGACAUGAGUUAGAGCAUAGUGAGUGAAUCCAUCGACAAGUAUAUGGAAAUUUCAUGAGAAAGUAGUAGUUAAUACUUAGGCCUUUCAAUAGACAAAACAUUCAUUGUUGUUUGUUAGGUUAAUAUGGCUUAUAGCUAUAAAAACAUUUGUACUUUUAUUUAAUAUAUAAUUCUGAUAAUUGUUUUGUUUACUGUAGUACUGUAAAGCACAGCUCUUUUACUUUUAUCCUAUGCCAGAGUUCACUUACGUGGCCACUUAAAAGAUCUGUACAACUUACCCUGAUCAUGGCAUCUUAGUUUGUGUUCAUUAAAUAGUUUACGUGCUCUGAAGUGCUUGGAGGUCAACCACCAUAAUAAUGACCUUGGGAUGACCUCAUAGUACUUCAGAGUUUGCAAAUUUUCUAAGUAAUAGACUAAUAUGCCAUGAUUGAGGAAAAUGCUACAGAAUUUUUUUAAUGCAGCAUUGCAUUCCUUUAUCAUAAGGCAAAAUUUCUAGUUAUUGGACAUUGGUGCCCCAAAAAAUGCAUAGAAAGAAAUCACAACAAUUAUAAGAACUCUUAUGUUCCAAUAAGCUAUUGGAGUAUAUUUAAAAAGAUAUUUUAUGCAAGACUUGGAAUAAAUCUUAUAUGUAAAGUCAUUAGAAAAUAAAUUUGUUAAUCUUCAAAUUUAUGGAUCUAGGCAGAUAGAUCAUUAUUCCCAAUCUGUAGGAUGACACAGGAGAAUUAUGUAUCCAAAUACUGUACCAGAAUCAGAACAAAGCAUUGUCUAAACUCAGUAAUCUGAAUCAUAUGGGCCUCCCCAUCCCCCCAUCCCGUUUGAGUUAGCAGAAUAUUUGACUUGGUCAAAUUUCUUGCAGGAAUGUCUAAAUUUUAACAAAUUCGCAGUUUUUUUUGUACCACAGCCUAUGAGUCACACUCGUGUUUUAUUCUUGCAUUUUCAUGGUUUACGUGCUUACUCUCACCAUUUACUCAAAAACAGUGAACAGGAAUUCAUUUGGUUUACCUGAAGAUUCAGGUUACUGAGCUCUUACAGUAUCUCCAUAUCAAUUACAAAUGCUAGCUUUGCAUGCCAAACACCCAAGUUAAGUGAGCUAGCUACUCUAGGGCUGGGCUCUAGGGCUCUACUCAAAACUAGCUACUCUAACCCUCCUACAUAUAGAGGGGGUUACAGUAGCUAGUUUUGAACAAGACAGAUGGUCAUGGACAGAGUUAUAUGUAAUGUCAUGUUAAUAAAGAUGAUUACAAAUAAAUAAAAAUUUACCCCUUUCAGUGCUCUGUGUAUAUCUUGCUAAAUGAGGCUAUUAUUCAAAUUAUACAGUAAUGUGCAAAGCUAAACUUGUCAGAACUACAAUGUGUCCAUAAGUCGUGUUUUAUAUAAUAUAUCUUCAUUACAUAAAUACUGUACCUUAAAUACAAUAAAAACAUAAUCCCAUAUGAAAUGGAAGUUUGUGGAGAACAAGUAGUGAGAGAGAUUCCCACCUUUCUCACUGCUUGUCACACCAUGUGUGUGUGUGUGUGUGUGCACAAGCAUGGCCUCUUGCAUGAGCAGAACAGAAAAAAAAGGGCACAUCACUCACAAGUGUAAACACUUUCCUAUACUACAUGCAAGUUUGUUUUUCUUAAACAAUACAUUUCAGAAUCUUAGAAUUUUAUUUUUGAAUCCAAUUUGAGUAGCUUAAGAUGCAAAAUACAGUAUUGUAUAUGUGCAAUUUAUUGUGUAACUUUAUUUUUUUUAUUUUUUUUUGUUUAGAAUACUUCCUAUAUACGUGUGCUGCUUUUAUCUCGUAUGAAUCUCAAGGACAUUUUCUGUAUUCAAGGAGCUAUAGUAAUUAUUAUUAUAAUAAUAAUUAUUAUUAUUAUUAUUAUUAUUAUUAUUAUUAUUGUAUUAUUAUUGAUGUUAUUAAUAUUAUUUAUUAUUAUGCUGAGUAUAUUAUAAUAGUCAAAUGUUUAUAAAAAUCAGAAUGAUAGUUUUUAUAUAAUGCAGUAUUUAUACUGUAUUGGAAUAUAUUGGUGAAAUUUAUGAGUUAUAUCUGAGUGUGAUUUAUUUUCAUGAAAGCUUGUUGAUGAAUCACUGAGGAGUAACUGAAGAAUAAUACAGUAUUGGUUUAUUUUUAGAAUAUUUAUACAGUGGAACCUUGGUUGCCGAACGUCCCUCUUUACAAAUUUUUAGGGUUACGAGCUCAAUUUCUUCGUAAAAUAUGAAUCGGUAUACGAGCUUUGCCUCGCUCUGCGAGUUUGUUGAUACACACAUGGGUUGACCGAGCACGUGGUUCCUGGUGGCAUGGGCUACUGCGCUUCAGUUUACCAGUACCUCCCGCCAAGUGACAAUCGUGCUUGAAUUCUUUGCAAAGAAUUUCAUUGUUUUCAGCUUUUUUGGUUUCUAAAUGUAAAAGUAAUUACUGUAUUAUAUACCAUGCCAUGGGUUGCAAGAAAGUUGGUGGUAAGGUUCAACCUAAGAACACACAUGUGAGGAUGACCAUUGAGGAAAAAAAAAUCUCUAUGGAAAGGUUCUUGGUGAGACAAACAAGCAGUGAGCCACAACCAGGUCCUAGUGGUAUGUAGGCAAAAUGUAGGUCAGAGAGUACCCCAGAGAAGUCCACUGCCUGAUGUUAUAAUGGAAGGGAACUUCCCUUCCAAACACGUCUCCUGCCCCCCCUCACACCAACAAGAGUCAUCAAUAAAAAUAAGCUAUAGCUUGUACAUACAGUACUAUAGUUAUACAUUAUUAGAAAUAUUUGUGUGUUAUGUAUGAAAUGUAUUUAAGUUUAAUAUUUUUAGGAGUGUGAAACGGAUUAAUUCGAUUUACAUUAUUUCUUAUGGGAAAAUUCGUUACGGUUUGCAAAUUUUUGGUUUACGAGCUGUCUCUGGGAACGAAUUAAAUUUGAAAACCAAUGUACCACUGUAUAUGUAUAUCUUUUUUUAGUACAGGUGCAUUAUAUAGCAGUGUACUGCCACUGUCUUUGCUGUGUUGUAUAGUAGUCUGCUCACACACACUGCUGCACUAUCUAGCAGUUUGCUCACACAGUGUGCUAGUGUAUAAUUGUUCAUUUAUAACUUGUGUAGGCAGCAACACUAAGGCUGCCCAGGUUUACAUCUAAAUCCAUAUGUCGGAAGGAUAUUGCCUUUGUAAAGAUGUUCCUACUUCCAAAUGCAGUAUAAUGUGUUUGCUCUUAUUAUGUGCAGGGAUUAAAAAGCUGAGGUGACAUCGUGAUAAUUAAUUUUCUCACGGCACUAAUUCUGAAGUUGUGCACAUAUGUGAAAAGUUUUAACUCAUUCUUGGAAUUAUUAAAUACUCAGUAUUAAUGCUAUUUUUUCCUCAUAUUGGCAAAUUUUGUUGAGAAAAAUGCACCUGUCAUAUAGUUUCUAUCUAGCAGGAGGAGAAACAUGGCCAUGAGCUUGCAAACCAUCACAAAAAUGAGAGAGAGGCAUUUCCAGAUAAGGUAUUUCGAAGGCAUUUUGUCAUCUGUACAUCUGUGAAAAAAUGAGUAUACCCAUGCUAUAUUGCUGUAUAAUUGUUUUAAGUGGCUCAAGGUUAUACGCUUAUGGUUUGAUUGUAAUUCUUAUAUGUAAUAUUACAGUAUAAUGAAAUUAUGACAUAAUGGCGAUGUCUCAUUUUGUGGAGUAGUGCUUUCCAGAGCUUUUCUUGAAGAUAGUUAAUCCUCAGAUUAUGAGAUUGGUUAGUGUUAAUAUAGCAUUAGCAAACUUUGUAUAAACAAAGUAAAUGUCUGAUAUUGUAAUUUUAAUGAAGAUUACUGACUCAUUAGCUGCCUGUGUGAAGGGUCAUAAAUGACUAUGCAAACUUUCACUUUUGUUAAAAUAAAGAGUUAGAGCCAACUUUUUGGCAUUUAAAAAAUAAAUGUUUUCUGAACAGUGUGGCACAGACAAAAUCUGACCCAAAGCCAUACAUUUACAUCACUGUCCUAAUCAAAUAUGUAAAGCUUUUUCUAAAGAAAUUCUCCAUACAUAUUUAACAAUCUCAUAAGAGAAGCAGUUGUACUAAGCUUGCAUGAUUAUGUAUACUUUACUGUGCGUGUCUUGUAUCGAGUAAGACUGACUGAAGGAUUUAUAAAGAUAUUGAAGAUCUGGACAUGUUAGAUCAUGGAAAAUAUUGAGGACCUGGGUAUGUUAGAUUACAGAAGGUAUUGAAGACCUUGGUAUGUUAGAUUAUGGAAGACACUGAGGACCUGGGAUGUUAGGUAAGGUAAUUAUCAGGAGAAAGCACCAAGUCAUUACAACUAUAUAGCACUUGGAAGGAAUUGGGAUAAGACAAGAAAGGAAUGGUGUUGAUUACUGAAGAUAUUGAAGACCUGGGUAUGUUAGAUUAUAGAAGAUAUUGAAGACCUGCGUAUGUUAGAUUAUGGAAGAUAUUGAAGACCUGGAUAUGUUAAUACCUGGUCUUGAAUAUCUUCCAUGAUCUAUCAGAGUUAUGAAGAUAUUGGGGACCUGAGGAUAUUGAAUUUAGGAAGAAAUUUGAGAGAUUGGAAGCCGUAAAAGAAUAUAUUACUUCUUGAUUACUAUCAUCCCUUUGUGGUGCUUCCAGCCUGUCACUUGAUGUUUUUUCUAGGCAUAUGUUUUUAACAUGAUUUUAACAUGGAGUUCAGGGAUGUGGGUUCGAUCCCAUCAUGUGGCUUUCUCCUAAAUACAUCACAUUCUUGUGAUUUCUUUUGCACAGUUUUAUCGACCAUUAUCAGAGGAAACUAAAAUGUUCCAAAAGAAGCCAUUUUCUGCAUACUUUAUUAGUAAAUGAAUACAGAUUUUAAUAAAAGCAUGGGUUUGUUAAAUAAUACACAAGUUACCUAAUUCUCAAGUUAAUCUUGGUGUUGACAAUAGUGCGGAAGAUCUUUAUUGUAGCGAUUAUUAAGUACUUGGCUCAUAAUUGAGGGACCUGGGUUUAAUCCUUGGGUAGGACAAACAGUUGGACAUGUUUCCUUUCACCUGAUGCCUCUAUUCGCCUAGCAGUAAAAUAGGUACGUAUCUGGGAGUUAAGCAAUUGUUGUGGGUUGCAUCCCGGGGAAGGUUAAUAAUUGGGUUAGGGGAGACCUUGAUAAGCCUAAGUAUGAACUUCCUGUCCCUGCCAAUGGGAAAUAAAAUACAGUACAGUACUGUACUCGAAGCAGAGUGGUGUUUAGCCAGUGUCUUUGAAGUAUAUUAAGAAAAUAUUGUAAGGUGCUAUUAUGUGUAACUGCAGCUGUGUGUCAUAACCUUUAGUGUGUUAAGUUGGGUAGAGUUAAACAUUAUUGAAAAUUCUGAAAUUUUCAAUUCCCAUAGAUUCUCCUGGGUAAUGUUUUAAGAAAUUAUCAAGUUUUUCAGUUGUUUUGAAUCUAGAAAAUAUACUCCCUGAAAACUAGAUAGGAAAUAAACUCAAUGUUAAUAAGCAAAGAAUGUCACAAUAACGUGGCUGAACAUUAAUAAUCCGACCCACACAUGAAAAGCACGGAAAGUGACAAUGUUUCGAUCUGUCCUGCACCCUUAUCAAGCCCAGGAUGGACCGAAACAUCGUCACUUUCAAAAUACAAUGAAAUCAUAAUAACAUGAUACAGUAUAUCGAUGGGAAAAUCUUCGAAGUCAGAGCAUCUAGGUUUACUCAGGAUGCUGUUUCAAUCCUCUCCCUGCUCCUAAGCUUUUUCAUUUUCAUGUAGUCACUUACUUUUCUUUUCAUAUGUGUGGGUUGGGUUAUCUAUGUUAAUAUUAUUUAGAAUAGCUAUUUGGGAUAUCAUCAGUACAAAUGGACACCUAGAAUUGUAUUUCAAAAUUAUUCAUUGAAGAAAGCAGUAUUAUGUUUGUCUGGGUUAGAUGUAGAUGAUAUUCUCAUAGUGUAAGUUAAGCAAUUUUUGUAUUUUUAUCAAGCUGUUGUGUAGUACUAGUAUUGUAGAUUUUUGUAACUUAAAAUGUACCCACUUUUAUUAUGUGCCAAAGUUCUGUAUAGAUUAUACUGGACACUAGUUUUAUAUAUUGCAGAAAAUAUUCCAAAUCUUGAUUUUGUAUGUGAUCAUUUUGGUACAUCACUAAGCACGAAAUGUAAUUUUCAAAAUUUGUAUUAAUAAAUGAGCUUUAUCAAAUAAAAAACCAGUUUUCACUAAUUCAAUUAAUUCCAGAGCGCAAGUCACAAUAACGUGACUGAAACAAGUAACUCAACCCCACACACAUAUGUAAAGAAAAGUAAUAACAUUUGUAGGGUCCAGGACAGACAGAAACAUCAUUGCUUUCAUUUCUUUUUAUAUGUGUGGGUUGGGAUACUAAUUUAACUAAGGUCAGGCUUAUAUUGUGCAUUACUGAUAAGUGUAAAGCAGAUAUAAUUGAGAUUUGUGUUCUAUAAAGGUAUGCUGUUGCAUCCUUAAACAUACUGUAAACUAAUACACCUCAGCCAACCAUAUCAGGAAUAAAUUUUCUGCAUUACGUUCAUGCAGGUUGAGUUAAUAGUCGUAAAUGCUGUAUUUGUGUACAGUUUUUAUCCCUGUUUACUAAACCUUUCAUUUCUAGUCAAGUAAGUCAUUGUACCAAGUGUGCUAAUUCCCGCUGCAUCACUCAAGUGCUGUGCAAUAUAUCUUGGCUUGUAUAACUUGUAGUCGUGAUGUGAGUUCACCUGCUAGCAGUUGAUAGUCUCAAAAGAUAAAACAAACUGUGUGUUGAUUUUGGAAGUGGGGGUAAAACAAAAUUAUUGAUGAUAAUUUCUAUUCUUCUAAGUGGUACUGUAUAUUUUUGUUUAUAUAACCCUUCUCAAGUAUUAGCACAAAAUAAAAGUACUAAGUCAAAA